CCCCGGCUACAAAAGGCCCCGGAUGCCAAGCCUCGCUCGGAACUUUCCAGAAAAGUCGGGAGACAGGGGGAGCCGCUAGAGCCAGAGCCAGCGCCGCCAGCCAGCCAGGUCGCCGUUCACGAUGGUGAAAGAAACGACAUACUACGAUGUGCUCGGAGUGAAGCCCAGCGCGUCCCAGGAGGAGCUGAAGAAGGCCUACCGCAAGCUGGCGCUGAAGUACCACCCCGACAAAAACCCCAACGAGGGCGAGAAGUUCAAACAGAUUUCUCAAGCAUAUGAAGUUCUUUCUGAUCCCAAGAAGAGAGACUUGUAUGACAAAGGAGGUGAACAGGCCAUUAAAGAGGGUGGUUCUGGUUGUAGCUUUGGAUCCCCCAUGGAUAUAUUUGACAUGUUCUUUGGAGGAGGUGGAAGAAUGCAAAGAGAGAGGCGAGGCAAAAAUGUUGUUCAUCAGUUAUCAGUAAGUUUAGAAGACUUGUACAAUGGGGCAACAAGAAAACUGGCUCUGCAAAAGAAUGUGAUUUGUGACAAAUGUGAAGGUCGAGGUGGUAAGAAAGGUGCAGUGGAAUGCUGUCCCAACUGCAGAGGUACAGGCAUGCAAAUAAGAAUUCACCAGAUAGGACCGGGAAUGGUUCAGCAAAUCCAGUCGGUUUGUAUGGAGUGUCAGGGCCAUGGGGAGCGUAUCAGUCCAAAGGACAGGUGUAAAAGUUGCACUGGAAGGAAGAUUGUUCGGGAGAAGAAGAUUUUAGAAGUUCAUAUUGAUAAGGGAAUGAAGGAUGGUCAGAAAAUAACAUUCCAUGGUGAAGGGGACCAAGAGCCAGGAUUGGAACCAGGUGAUAUCAUUAUCGUCUUGGAUCAAAAAGACCACCCUACAUUUACAAGGCGAGGUGAGGACCUAGUCAUGUGUAUGGACAUACAACUAGUUGAGGCACUAUGUGGCUUUCAGAAACCUAUCACAACGCUGGAUAAUAGAACUAUAAUUAUUACCUCUCAUCCUGGCCAGAUUGUGAAGCAUGGAGAUGUUAAAUGUGUCCUGAAUGAGGGCAUGCCCAUUUACCGCAGACCAUAUGAAAAGGGGCGUUUGAUCAUUGAGUUUAAGGUAAACUUCCCAGAUAGUGGUUUUCUUUCCUCUGAUAAGUUGUCUCUUUUGGAAAAGCUGCUGCCUGCAAGGCAGGAGGUGGAAGAGACUGAAGAAAUGGAGCAAGUAGAUCUGGUGGACUUUGACCCAGCUCAAGAAAGAAGACACCAUUAUAAUGGAGAAGCCUAUGAAGAUGAUGAGCAUCAUCCCAGAGGUGGUGUUCAGUGCCAGACCUCUUAAACUGGCUAGUGAAUAUCUAUUGUGAUGCUUGUUUUGUAUGCAUUAGUGGACGAGUGAAGGACUACAAGCAGUUUGCGUCACUACCUGCUAUUGUUUUUGUUGUAAUACUCGACCAUAGUUGUGUUUUUAAAAACAUUAAAUAAAAUCAGCACCAUCAAAAUGAUUUUGCAAUUUGUAUACAGCUCCAGGGUGCAAGUUAAAGCUGAUCCCUUUCCAGCCUUACCUGUUUUGGUCCAGAAGUCUGUUAUCUUGACUGCUUGUCUUUACUUAAGGCCUUGUACUUCUUGUAUCUUAAUUGUGUGCAAACGCACAAGCUUUAGAUUAAGUCAGUGGUGAUCUUUUGGUAUUUUAGCUUAAUGCCCUAUUAACUAAGUAUGCACAAGUAUUUAUAAUGUUAAGAUUAAGUUUUUGUAUGAAUUACAAUAUAACCUGUUACUGUCUGGAUUUGUACUGCUAUUUGUUGAAUCGAAAUUUGCUGUAUUGCAGUUGCACAGCACUAUAGCUUAUGUUAUCGCCAUCUGCCAGGGAUGCUGUCAAUAUUCACAUCACAUGCCUACUUAACAUAGUGGUGUGUAACCACCCCUACCCUGCUGCUCUUAUGACAUGUGAGCUAGUAUGGAAUCCUGUGCUUUGACACAGGCCACUGUAGUACUCCUACAGUUAGCUCCUUACUUAAGCAGAAACUUUAACCCUUGUCAUUCUCUAUUUGUCAAUAGAGGAAGCCAUUUCUAAAAAUCAGUUUU